AUGGCUGAAAAUGACGCAGACAGAAUCCAGACUGAGAAACUCCUGAAGAGAGUACAGGAACUGGAGCAGCAGGUAAAGCGACUUAAAAAAGAACAGGCCACGAACAAGGACUCAAAGAGCCGAGAGAAUUCUUCAGGAGCUGGGGGGAAAGCUAAGCGCGCCUUUGAUUUCAGUGCUCACGGUCAAAGACAUGUAGCUCUAAAGAUUGCCUAUCUGGGCUGGGGAUAUCAGGGCUUUGCCAGUCAGGAAAACACAAGCAAUACAAUUGAAGAGAAACUGUUUGAGGCGCUAACCAAGACUCGACUGGUAGAAAACAGGCAGACAUCCAACUAUCACCGGUGUGGGCGAACAGACAAAGGAGUUAGUGCCUUUGGACAGGUGAUCUCUCUUGACCUACGUUCUCACUUUCCAAAGGGCAGGGAUUCUGAGGAUCUUAACUUAAAAGACGAAGUCAAUGAUGUGGCUACAGAGAUCCGUUAUACCCACAUUCUCAACCGGGUACUCCCUCCAGACAUCCGCGUGCUGGCCUGGGCUCCCGUAGAAACUAGCUUCAGUGCUAGGUUCAGCUGUCUUGAGCGGACCUACCGCUAUUUUUUCCCUUGUGCUAACUUAGACAUUGUAACCAUGAACUAUGCAGCUCAGAAGUAUGUUGGCACACAUGAUUUUAGGAACUUAUGUAAAAUGGACGUAGCCAAUGGGGUGAUUAAUUUUCAGAGGACCAUCCUGUCUGCUCAAGUACAGCGAGUGGGCCAGAACCUGGCCGAGGAGGGAUGGCAAGAACCCUUUCAGUUAUGCCAGUUUGAAGUGACUGGUCAGGCGUUCCUUUAUCAUCAAGUCCGCUGUAUGAUGGCUAUUCUUUUUCUGAUUGGCCAAGGAAUGGAGAAGCCAGAGGUUAUUGAUGAGCUGCUGAACAUAGAGAAAAAUCCCCAGAAGCCUCAAUAUAGCAUGGCUGUAGAAUUCCCUUUAGUGCUGUAUGACUGUAAGUUUGAAACGAUCAAGUGGAUCUAUGACCGGGAAGCUCAGGAGUUCAACGUCACCCACCUUCAGCAACUGUGGGCUAGUCAUGCUGUGAAGACUCAGAUGCUGUACAGUAUGCUGCAAGGCCUGGACUCUGUUGCGCUGCCCUGUGGAACAGGACCAAAGAUGGAUGGAACGAUAGAAUGGAGAAAUGUUAAGCCCUCUGUCACGAAGCAGACCAGUGCCUUUGUAGAAGGAGUGAAAAUGCGCACUUAUAAGCCCCUAAUGGAUCGUCCUAAAUGCCAAGGAUUAGAAUCCCGGAUCCAGCAUUUUGUACGGAGGGGACGCAUUGAACACCCACAUUUAUCCCAUGAGGAAGAAACAAAAGCCAAAAGGGACUGUAGUGACACACGAGAGGAAGAAGAUACUGUUUUUGAGGAACCAACGAAGAGGAUCUGUGUUGAUGCAGAACUUAAAAGCAUCAUUUAA